AUGAGAGAAGCCAAUACCACACCUUUGACUCCACACUUAGCCAGAGCACUCAUUCCCCAGAAGUGUCCCAUCCCAGCGUUCGAAUGUUACGAUGGAUCCAUCGACCCCGCGGCCCAUCUUCGGUAUUACAAUCGUAUUUUAGCCAGAUGGGAUCAAGAUGACGCCGUCCUCUGCAGGUACUUCCCUUCGAGUUUGAAAGGAUCGUCCCUAUCUUGGUUCGAUAACCUACCUCCAAAUUUUAUCGACUCCUAUAGCCAGCUCACUGAGAAGUUCUUGAGAACCUACAUGUACAACAAGGCUAUCAAUGCAGGAAUGGACAAGCUCUUCUCAUUAGCGGUCGCAUGUAAGGAAACUAUCAGGGAAUAUACCGAUAGGUGGCACAAGAUUUGUCAAGCAAUAGGAAAUGUGGAUCCGGUAGUCAGUAUCAAUUGCUACAAGUGGGGGAUGGAUAGGAUGAGCCCGCUGUUUGUUGAGAUUCAUGGAAGUGUCCCCACGACUGAAGGAGACCUUCGAGUAAUCAUCGAAAAGCACUCCAUAUUGGAGGAGAUCCAACGGGAAAAUCCCAGAGCCCAAACGCAAAGAUCUCAUCGGACCAACUCAGUGGAUCAAGCCAGUGGAUCCAAGAGAGGCAACUCAGCUGAACGUCCCGACGAAGAUAGGAGGGGACGAAGGGAUGAUCGACGGUGA